ACACKGUCUGAGUGCACGACAAGGUUCCUGCAGCCACCUUCUCUCUGMUCCUCAGCCACAAAAACACCUCCAGAAAUGGAUGGGGGCUGGGUCUACCUGGUGACAGGAGGAUGUGGGUUUGUUGGGGAGAGGAUUGUGGAGCUCCUGUGUCAACAAGACUACAUCAGAGAAGUCAGAAUUUUUGACUCAGUAGUGAAAGAAGAAGUAGAAAAACUCAGCACAGCCACCACCCGCGUGAYGGUGACAAGAGGGGACAUCCGCGAGCGGGGCGCGCUGCUGGCCGUGGCACGGGGUGUGCACGUGGCCAUCCACACUGCUGCCAUCGUGGACUACAAGGACACAGUGCCCUUUGAGGACAUGAGAGACGUCAACGUGGGGGGUACUGAAAAUGUGUUAAGGGCCUGCUGUGAGCUGAGCAUCCCWUUCCUGAUCUACACCAGCUCCAUCGCUGCCGUGGGACCCAACACCUCCUGCGAGCCCAUGCUCAGAGGAAAUGAGGACACCGAGUACASAGGGGAAGUGGAGCUGCCCUAUGGGAAGACCAAAGCCAUGGCAGAAAAAAUGGUGCUGGAAGCCAAUGGGAAAAAGGUACCAAAGGGAAAUCCAGCCYSUCCUAAYKCCUSUUUGUGYCCCUCUCCURUUUCCCCAGGGAACGUGGCGUGGAUGCACGUCCUGGCAGCCAGGCACUUGCAGCUGCAGCCCGAGCUGCUGGCAGGACAGGUUUAUUACUGCUAUGAUGACACCCCGAGCAGGAACGGGGUCGUGGUCAGGCACCAGCUGCUGUCCAGCGCUGACCCCUCGCUCAGGAUGGGCUCACACAUCCCCUACUGGAAGAUGUGGCUGAUGAUACAAGUGCACAGAGCCAUCAGGGCCAUCCUGUCCCCUUUCUGGAGGCGGCCGCCACCAUUCCUGAACGUGCCCUUGCUCAACACCAUCGUCACCACCUUCUCCUUUGAGACAGACAAGGCCUCCCGGCAUUUCGGGUACAAACCCCUCUUCACRUGGCAGGAGAGCAGGCUCAGGACUGCACAGUGGCUGAAAGAGGCUGCAGGGAGCCUGGGACAUCCCCAGCUACAUGGGAAGAAGAACUAAACAGCACUUCUGGGGGGCCACUGGUGGGAACAAGACAGAACCAGCUCAGGUGGGAAAUGGUGCCCAGCAAACACCUCUUGGGUAAGAUCAGUGAACCAGUUUUGUCCCACAAAACCAGUUUUGUCCCAGUGUUUUGCCUGGGGACCCACACUCUGGGACAAUCRGUGGGGUGGCUGUACCUGGCUCAGACACUGAAGGGCUUUUCUGUGAUAAUUUUGGGGAAGACAAGGAAAACCCAGCAGGUCCUUGCUCUGUUUUAGAGUCUAAUAAAAAGAAAAAGAUAAUUCCCUUUUCCAGAACUGCCUUUUGCAAGAUGCUUCCUGUUAUUCUUAACACGUGGAAUUUUGUAUCUAUUUUGAAAUAUUAUCCCUGUGAAGGAAACCUCCGAUCCCUCGUGCUAAUAACGUGUAGGCUGACUUACCUUUUAAUUGUCUGGAUGGAGAACUGWUGUCUGCAAGCUUAAAGGUGGGUUUCAUGUCGUUUGUAACUCCAAAUCUCUCACCUCAGAGCUCUCCAGCAGCAAAGAAAGCAAAUUAAAGCCCAUUUCAGCUGCUGUGCUGGCAGAAAGCAACUCCAAGUGAAGGCCUUAGGGGCUGCAUUUAUGCUAAAUAACGUUUGAACUCCAGGAGGAAGAGGUCAUUUCAACUCACUGCGUGGCCCUGGAGCCUUUUCCUCUCACAGAUGGGGCAGGCUCUUCCAGGAGAUUCACAGCAAAACUGGGGUUUCUAUCAGUUCAUCAGCUCCUCUGCUUCUCAGGCUUGCAGAGAGGCUGGUAAAUCUACAUUAUGCACAACUGAGAAUUCAGUUUUCACUUGAGCUUGGAGUAAUGGGGUAUUUUUACAAUGCUGGUUCAAAUCUAAAUUCAUUCUCUUGAUAUCACACUUCUGCAUUCUGUGGAUCUGCAGCCAUGUCUCUGUUCCUGGAGUAAAAGUGUGCACAUGCAUAAAUAAAAGCUUAUUUUAAUUACAAGKGCCCUGAUACUCCUGGAAAAAGCAAGUUCCAGCAUGGCAUCCUUGAUAGAAAUGAUCAAAAUUUGCUUCCUGUUAGUCCUGGUAAUUACCCAAGAAGGAAAGUUGAGCAAUACACUGAGAGCUGCCAAGUUAAAUUUGCUGGAA